AUGAAAUUUAAAUUGGUCGUGACGACCAUCCUAUCUUAUUUGAUAUCAGUUUUAGCCGAACCUGACGGUACAAUAGUUCAAUUGGAAAAGGGCAAAAUCCAAGGAAUUAUACGAAAAAGUGAGAAUGGAAACGAUUAUUACGCUUUUCAAGAGAUUCCCUAUGCUGCCCCUCCUGUAGGACCGAAUAGAUUUCAGCUACCUCAAGAACCUGAACCAUGGAAAGGCAUCUUGAAUACAACAAGAAAUACUAAAAUUUGUAUACAAGCAAAUUCAAGACAUGAAUAUCUUGAAAAAAGUGAAGAUUGUUUGUAUAUAAAUGUGUACACACCUAUAAUACCUGGUAAUAAAGACAGCCUACUUCCUGUUUUACUUUGGAUUCAUGGUGGAGGUUUUACAGCAGAAUCUGGAAUUUACGACUAUAGCGGACCAAAAUAUGUUAUGGAUCAUGGAGUUGUAGUUGUUACUUUUGAUUAUCGUUUAGGUCCAUUUGGUUUUGUGGGAACUGAUGACGGUAUUAUUCCUCUUAAUCUUGGUUUAAAAGACCAAAGAUUAGCAAUAGAAUGGGUAAAUAAAAAUAUUGAAUUAUUUGGAGGAAACCCAAAUCAAGUUGUUAUAGUAGGAGAAAGUGCUGGUUCAGUAGCAGUGGGUUAUCAUAUUUUAAGUCAGAGGCCCGACGAAAACUUAUUUCAUGCAGCGAUAAUGCAAAGUGGAACACCUAUUUCUGGAAUACUCAAACAAAGUGAUCCAGAUAGUGCAGCAUUUAACCUUGGAAAACUAGUUAAUAACAGUUUUUCAUCAAAUAGUACAUCAGAACUACUAACGGUGUUGCAAAAUGCUGAUGCCAAUGACAUAUUAGCAACAGGAAUAUCUGGCGCAGUUGCUGUAGAAAAAGAAGGUUUAUUUUCUUCACAUGGUUACCAAGCUUUUGUAGAGAAGAAGUAUAAAAAAAUUCCAGUUUUAAUUGGAUUUAAUUCCGAAGAAGGAAUUGUAUUUACUUUAUAUAAAAAUGAAACCAGGCUCAAAGAAAUUGAUAUCAAUCCGUCUCUACUGAUAUCAUACGGAGUCAAUAUUACCCCCAAGGACAAACAGGGCGUUGGAUUGUUAUACAAACAAUUAUAUGUCGGUAAUAGCUCAUUUGAAAAUGACUAUGGUGGAUACAUAAAGUAUAUAAGUGACAAUUGCUUUACAACAGGCAUAACCAAGCAAGUAGAACUAAGUUGUACAGAUGCUCCAUAUUAUUUUUAUCAGUUUGCGUAUAAAGGAAAUUUGGGAGAGCAAAUGGCAUACUUACCAACACUUCCAGCUGAUGUUGAGAAAGUAGGACAUGCUGAAGAUUGCAAUUACAUGUGGGACGACACUAUCAAUAGUGAUCUAAAUCAGUAUCCCAAAGAAGAUCAGUUAAUGUUACAUAGAUAUGUAAAAAUGUGGACUAAUUUUGUUAAAUAUUUCAACCCAACUCCUGAACCAGAUCCGCUGCUCGGAAACAUUACUUGGCUUACGAGCGAACCUAAUAAUCUGAGAUAUUUGAAUAUCAACGCUACAUUUGAAAUGCGUGAACAUCCCAGGCAAUUUCAACAGCUCAAAGCGAUUUUAGAAGAAUACAUGCAACCUCCUUUUGACAGUUAUUCGUAA